UUCUAGAAAUGGUGCUGCAUAGAGUUGAAUUGUCGGGCCAGCUUUUCUUUUAAAACAUGUGGCGCCAUCUGUGCAUAAAUUCAAAGAAAGCGAAAGAAAAAUGCGCAAACAUGAGAAGUGAAAGUAAAAGACAGGUGUGAUGAUACUCCAGUAUAGAAAUGGUAGUUUCUUGGUUAUCAUCAAGUUCUAAAUUCAAUUUUGAAUGGUUAUUGGUCAUCGUUGUUCUGCUGGCAGCAGCCCAAGAAGUAUCAACACAAAAAAACCCACUGUUACUGCAACCAGGGAAUGGGAUAAGAACAAGACGAUUUUCUGCAAGAUCCCAGGAAACACCCAAAUCUGAGAUUUGUGUCCCCUACCAAUGUGCUGAUGGGUACUUUGGCUGGCAUUGCAAGUUUCAGUGCCAGUGUGCUACAGAUGGAGAAGUGUGUGACAAAAGAACUGGCUUCUGUCCUAGUGGCUGUGCUGGAAACAACUGGGGACCUGGAUGCCUGCUGGAUUCAUCAUGUUAUUAUGACUUGAGCGACAGUAAAAAGGAUGGGGGCUUCAAAUAUGCUGGGAAAGUAUCAGGGUAUGGCACAUUUACAUGUAAUUUGUGGACCNUAUAUAUAUAUAUGGACAUCCAUGAGCCUCGUAGACUUAAGACCAGCCAGUUCCACAUACAGGAGGUUUCCGAUUCUAAUAGAAUAGUUAUCAGGGUUACUUGGAAUAGAAUAACUGAUCAAGACUGGAAAUGCCGGGAUGGAAGAGAGAUUGAAAUCAGGUAUAAGAAUGGAACUGAUGCUGGCGAGGUAACACAAACUGUUGCAGCCAAUGCAAGGUACAAAGAUUUUGACACUGCUGCCUGCACACACUGGAGCAUCCAGAUAAAGCUUUCUAACCAAAAGGACAAUUCUGGCUUUUCAAGGCCAAACUCCAUAACAAUUUCAAGAGUGGAGCCCAGUGAAGUCCCUGUCUUGACCACCCAGCAACUAAAUGACCAAGGGUCAAUAAAGUUCAUGUGCUCUGGUCAGCUUGGACGUCCAGCUAAGGGGAUCACGUGGUACCAGACUCUGAACUAUCAGCAACAAAAUAGGACCUCAGAUGCCCAGUCAAGUGAUCCCGUCCUGAAUAGUGAUGGCUGCACAUAUAAUGGACAGAGUGAGCUAAGAGCAGAUGUCUCAGCCUCUGAUGAUGGCACACAGUUUACAUGUAUGAUUGGACAAAAGUGGGCCAGUGUGUCACUGACUGCUGCCAGCAACCCUAAGAUCACUUACAUCUCCACAGGUGCUCUCUCCAUCAUAGACUCAGCAAUGGACAGUGUGGAGUUUGUCAAAGGUUCAGCCGUCACUCUCAUUUGCUCAGCCACUGGUCACCCUCAACCUAACUUCAAAUGGUUAUAUUGGGAAGAGUUAUCCAACACCAGAGAAGUACUAAAUGGACACCGCGAUAACCCCUCAGUGCUUUAUCUAGAUCACAUUCAGCAACCUGGAUACUAUGAGUGCCAGGCCAGUAACAUUGUGAACCAGUUACAUGGUUUACCUAGCACGGUCCUGAAAAUCACACUAUCAGAGCCAGCUACUGGGGCCACAGUGGGGGGUCUAUUAGGAGAGGCCAUAGGGGAGAUGAUAGGAGCCAUCCUGGGGGUCACUGUGAUGAUUGCCUUGGCUUAUGUCACCUACACCUACUGUGUCAAAAAGAAACACAAAACAAGAGGUGAAGAAAAAGUGUCACAAAGAAACAAUGUACAUGUUGAAGCUGAAGACAGUGAGCUUCAGACCUUUCUGAGUGGUGAGUUUAAGCCGAUGGGAGAGCGACUGUAUGCAGCGAUUAAGGAGAGAGAUGUGGAGAUAAGAUGGAAUAUCAAGUUGAUGGAAAAGAUAGGAAACGGGGCUUUUAGCCAAGUCUUCAGGGGCAGCAUUUUCAAUCUAGAUGGAAAACAAAAUUGGAGCAUUGUUGCUGUUAAAACUGCAAAGGAUACAAGUGACACUUCCCUCUACAGUGAGAUUAUGAAAGAACUGAAAGUGAUGCUGGAACUCCAACCUCACCCAAAUGUGGUCAGGCUUUUAGGAUCCUGCACUCGAGAUGACGCUGUGCCAUUAAUUAUUGUCGAGUACCUUCCAAAUGGAAAUCUCCAGGACUAUCUACGAAAUGACCGUUCAAAACGGAAAGUGCAGUAUAGGAAUUUACAUGGGAUCAGCUCCUCCUUGACACCACAUGAUCUGAUAAAGUUUGCAUUAGAUGUGGCCAAUGGAAUGUCAUAUCUUUCAUCAAUGGCGAUUCUACAUCGAGACCUUGCUGCGCGAAACAUUUUGGUAGCAGAGGAUAGAACCUGCAAGAUUUCUGACUUCGGCUUUGCUAAGGAUGUCAUUGAAAGUCACAAGUAUGAAAAACAAUCGCAGGGUCGCUUGCCAAUUCGCUGGAUGUCCCCAGAAGCUCUGUUUGACAAUAUAUAUACCACGCAGUCUGACGUCUGGGCGUAUGGAGUCUUGCUGUGGGAGAUUGUCACAUUGGGUUUCAGUCCCUACCCAGGUAUGUCAGCCAAGCAGGUGAUGGAAGCUUUAAGUGAGGGUUACCGGAUGCCACAACCACCACACUGUUCACAGGACAUGUAUAUCAUCAUGUUGUCCUGCUGGGAAGAGGUCCCAAGUUCAAGGUCAACAUUCAAAGACAUUGUUAAUUCCUUGGACGUCCUCCUGGCCUCGGAGAGUGAUGUUCUUACUCUGGGGAAGUUUGAGGAAAAACUGUACGAGGACAUUGACAACAACAAAGUGAAAGAAAAAUGUUGAGGAAUAUUUGAAAUAUUCAUGGUCUCGCUUGGUCAUUAGUAUACAUUGUAGCUUUGCCCAGUAUUUGAUUGUGUUUAAUGAAAUAGGCGUAGUGAGUAUAUACUGGCAUUUGAUGCAUAAUAUCCAGUCUGUCAAAACAGGUUUGAAAUGUCCACACAGGGACAGGAGUAGCAGUGCUGUUUGUGACAUAUAUAGCAACCAAAUAAUGGUUUAAUGUUUAUGCAGGAA